CUUGUCCACUAGGUCGCGUCCUGAGGACAAUACGUGCCGAUCGUUGACGUGUUACUUAACCUGCUGUUCACUAAAAUCUGUUUCAAAGUGUUCUGGCAGAUAUGGCAUCGAAGAAGGAUUCUAAGGACAAUGGGAACCUGCCUGCAAAAAUAAACAAAUGGGACGGUGCAGCUGUUAAAAACGCCCUGGAUGAUGCUGUUAAGGACGUGCUCACCAGAAAGUACAACUACACCGAGAAUUUCGCCCUCCUAGACAUGCGUCUGGGACUCUGUGGAGUAGCUGUCGGUGUCUCGAGUAUCGCACUACUGUGGGAUCACUUGUACCCAUUUCCAGCAUCCAGGCAUGUCCUCGUGACCUGUGUCUCCAUUUACUUUAUCCUCAUGGCAAUCCUGAAUCUGUACACAACGUACAAGGAGAAGGGAAUCUUCGUGGUCGCUGUCCAAAGGGAUCCAGCUGGUUACGACCCAGACUGCACCUGGGAGGCAUCCUCCUAUCUCAAGAAGUACGAUGAUCAGUACAAUCUCGUGCUGUCAGUGAAGAACGAGCAGACAGGGGCUAUCAACGAGGCCCAGGUCACAAAAUCAGUCGCAAAUUUCAUCGAUGUUAAUGGGGUUGUCGUUCCAGAGCUAGUAGAGGGUGCUGUUUCCAAUCUUCACGACAGUCUUACGAGUCAGCGAAAAGACAAAUAGUAAAUGCAGGGGACUUGAGGCAUUUAUCAUUAAUUCAUUCCGUGUGAUCGAGCUGGACGUUAUUGAUUUAUUUAACCAGAAUUAAUUUUAUCUCUUGUAAGUUUCAUUUCUUUUUUUGUAAGAUACAGUACGAAUAAAUUAAUGGUUUUACAAUGA